CGUUGGCGCCCUAAGCCAGUUGGGAAACUGCUCGGCAACGACGCGCAGUCCGUGUGUGCUUCAAGCAACGCUGGUGAAGAUGCCACCGCUCAACUUGGGAGACCCAUUUCCCAACUUCACAUGCGAGACAACCAUCGGCACCAUCGACUUCCACGAGUGGCUGGGCGAUUCGUGGGGCAUCCUAUUCUCGCACCCAGCUGAUUACACGCCAGUGUGCACCACUGAGUUGGCCCGGGCGGCCCAGCUCGCGCACGUCUUCGAAAAGAAAGGCGUAAAGAUCAUCGCUCUGUCCUGUGACAGCGUCGAAAGCCACCAUGGAUGGAUCAAGGACAUUGAGGCCUAUGGUGAGCUGCCUGAUGGGCCUUUCCCGUACCCCAUCAUCGCUGAUGAAAAGCGCGAGAUCGCCGUCAAGUUGGGCAUGCUGGACCCGGUGGAAAAGGACAAGGAAGGACUGCCGCUAACCUGCCGCGCUGUCUUCAUCAUUGGCCCCGACAAGAAAAUGAAGCUGUCAAUGCUGUAUCCAGCUACGACGGGACGAAACUUUGAUGAGGUUCUGCGUGCUACAGAUUCUCUGUUGGUGACUGAGACCCGCAAAGUGGCUACUCCCGCUGGCUGGAAGAAAGGGACCCCCUGCAUGGUGCUCCCUUCUGUCACCGAUGAGGAGAUCCCCCAGUUGUUCCCGACGGGCAUCAAGCAGUACGAUGUGCCUUCUGGAAAGAAAUACCUGCGCACCACCAUGGACUGAACACUCAAUAGCCGGCUUUAUAUGCAACGAGCACUUUAUGCCUUGUCUCUUCUAUCUCUUUUUUAUUUACACCCCUUGACUUCCAUUUGCGGAGACUUCAGGCCAUUCAAAAUUUACGUGUCUUCUGUCGUUCCCGACGAAGCACGUUUUGUACGCCCAAAUCUGAAUAAACGUUUUACAAUAAUAGA